ACAGAGAAAAGUGAGAGACUCAGAGAGAGAGAGAGAGAGAGAGAGAAUCUUCGUUUGAAAGGGUUUGCCGAGUCAUAUACCAUGGCUCCACAGUCAUCAGGUUUACGUACUGCAAGUUUAACGGCAUGAGUGGAGUGGGAAAAAAAAUAAUUGAGGUAUUUAAAAGGCUUACAAGCACAUGACGAGCAAUUGAAAAGGCUUACAUCCGAGUUGGAGAUAAUGCGUGCGGAGCAGCAGAGCAACCGUGAGGAGCAACAAAAAAAAGAAGAGGAGCAACCAAUGAAAGAGGCAGAGAAAACAAGACAACGUGAGGCGAUGCAGUGGCAGCUUUUUGGACUUCAGAGCAUGUUGGCGCAAGUUUUGGAAAAUCGCAAUCCACCAAAUUCUCGACAAUAGAUAAUCAUGGUAAUUGGAAUGUCCGAGUUUAAUCUUAAUGAGGCAUUUUGGGAGGAGCUUGGGACUAUAAAUUUGGAGGACAUCUUAGCAGAGCACUACACCCCCGCCUCUGCCCCACCAGAAGGAUGGAGAGACUCGGAAGACAUAGUUAGGCGACUAUAUUCAGGCCUUGCCAAAUUGAUGGGUCGGCCAAUAUACGUACAGGCCGAUCCUAAUGAUGUAGCAUACUUAUCGUGGAAGCAGAGCCGUGCCUACGUGCGCAAACGAUAUCUCGGACCCGCCCGCAUACUCGGCCUUGCCUCAAGAUAUGACCGCUCUCACUACAUAAUUGGCCCUUUGCUCCCAGAUUUUGCUGAAAGAACGAGAAAUGUUUACCUCGAAGAUUACAUAUUCACCAAUAUCUCUAACCCUUUGGAAAUUAUUAAUAUUCAGAAUGUUGAUUUUAAUAAUGUCUUAUCAUACAUCGAGAUACAUAGAUGGAUCGCUGAUCAAGCGUUUUAGGGAUACCUAUAGUCUGUCCCCAUUUAUACAGUCCAUGCAGAGUGGGUUUGUUUUGGUAUGGUACAGUUAGGAUGGGAAGUUGAGUUUUUUAUGCAACACUACUUCCUGUGAUUGUUUGACCCAUCAAUCUAGAAUUUGUAGAAGAAAAUUCUUUUGUAAGCUAACCAUGAUGAGUUCUGAUCCCUAUUUUUUGUAGCAAAGAGAUGAGACACUAACAUAAUUUUUGACUUUUGGGACAAGGAUGUAAUAUUAUAUUUGUAAACUAGUAAAGUUAGUAUUUUAUAUAUAUGCUGCGUCAUUUCCACAAUAAACUUUUUUCAUGCAUGAUCCAUGCCAAUCAGAUGUGGGUCACGUAAUUAUUGGUAAUGUAUACGAUCGACCACCACACGGGGUCACUGUUGACAUAAACAACUUGCAAUGGCAAGAGCUCUUCGAAAAACAUUGUGAACUUGAGAUAUAUUGUUGAUGGCAUGGGCAACGAGGUUCCAAGGGCACGUUUAGCUAAACCGUGCAUAAACAAAUCACGCGAUGAUGCAACAGUCAUAUCAAGGCUACAGAGA